AUGCAUAACCUCUCUGCCUAUGUCGCCUUCCGCCAGCAUGGAGCAACACAGGGGUUCCUGAGUUCCCCCAAAGAAAAUUCGCUGUUUGCCAUGGAAAUGCCUGUGGUCACGGAUCCCGGUGCUUUCAAAAAGUGCGGGAAACUUACUAAAAAAGACGUGCUACGAUGGAGUGUCGAUUCGGGUCUUUUUCGAACGUCAGACUCUGCUAUUAGAAGCGAUUUUUUCAAAUUCGGACCUUGUCCCGAUUCGAAGUUCUACAUGGUGGCCUUCAGUAAUGCUUCUAACACAUUCUUUACUGUGGGGCUCUGUCGACUCCCGUUACAAACCGAAACUGAAAAUAAUCUAUCGAUUCGAGUUUCGUUUUCGCUGCUGGAUCUUCGCGAUCGAUGCCACCAUACCUGUGAAAGGACGCUUAAAGAUAUGGAUUCUGUCCAAGCCUCAUUUGAUAAAAGUUGUUACACCAACCACCAUUUGAUGUUCUUGCGAGAGGGGAAGGUUAUAAUCCAUUGCUCAAUGGAUGUGGAUGAGAUCUUGCAGGAGGAUAGUGAUGAGCAAAGUAUUCCUGUCAAAAAAAGUAUUCCUGUUCUUGAAAAUCUGAACCGAGAUUUGGCCGAUGAUUUGUCCAAUCUUCUUCAAAACAGACUGCACACCGAUGUGACUUUGAAUGUUGCUGGUGAGGAAUUUCAUGCUCACAGAGCAAUUCUAGCUGCUCGCUCACCAGUAUUUGCCAAAAUGUUUGAGCAUGAAACUCUGGAAAAGAACAAUAAUCGCAUAGUCAUUGAAGAUCUUUCUAGUGAUGCCAUGAAACAAUUACUUCGUUACUUAUAUACAGGUGAUACAGAUGAACUGUCCACCCAAGAACUGGUAUCACUUUUUGUCGCAGCAGAUAAGUAUGAUUUGCCAAAACUUAAGAAAAAUUGUUCCGCUUCUUUAUGUUCCAGAGUGACCAGUGACAUGGCUCUCAAUGUUUUGGUUGUCGCCAACCUCCAUGGAGAUGAAGAUUUAAAAAGUGCAGCAAUACAGACAGUGCUCGAUAAUGCAGUUGAUGUGAUGAAAUCUGAGGAAUGGCUUUCAUUUUUGAGGGAAUAUCCUGAAGUUGCCAAUACUCAGUCAAGAUGA